AUGGAGACUUCUCUAGGAGCUGCUCGGAAUGUAACCACUAGAGCUAAGCCAGAAGUGACGAACCGAGUGGGUGCUUGUCGUGUUUGCCUCAAGGGCUUCAAGGAAGGAGACUUCUCUAGGAGUUGCGCGGAGUGUCACCAGAAGGUUUGCGAGGACUGUGCCUCCUACUACAAACAGGAUGAGAAUCAGGAUGAGAACACAUGGCGGUGCAGCAUAUGUCGUCGGAAGAUGCAGAGCCGAACCCAGCCCGUGUUGGCGCAAGACUCGACCGACUCUCUUCUGGAUGUUCCAGUCCUGGAAGCCCUCCAGCGGCGCCACAGUGACGUCAAAAUCGGGUCCAGCAGUCUCGGGGUGGCGGGGGCUGGUGCCAGUGGGCUGGCUCCACCGCGCUCCCCAGAGCUCAGGAGACACUCGGACGUCUCUCCGGCGUCACUGAAGGAGCUCGAGAAGGUGAAAGAGAAGGCGCGGGAGAGAGAAUUGGAAUGGAGGCACAAGCGAGGGGGUGGUAGCCCUGGAGGCAGCAGAGCUACCAGCCCCAGCGUGGAGAGGCGUCCCUUUGUCGACGACCGGUGGGAGCACCAGCAGCGCUCCCAGCGGGACCUCAAGGCGCAAGCAGACGAACCCGACGUGGAGGACGAUCCAUGGCGUCACGGCGGAGGCGGCGGAGGCGGUGGAGGCGGUGGUGGUAGCAGAGGAACUCCCAGUCGCACCAACACCCGCAGGAUGUCGCGCGUCCAGAAGCAGCACAGCUACGACGACGAGGUGAAGUCCGGAGCUGCAGGAGGAGGCGGUGUCGGACCCGCAGAUCCGGUACUAGGUCUUCCUGCCGCACUGCCUCGGAGAGCCUCUGCCUAUGACGUCUUCAUGUCUCGAGGAGACGGUGGUGGUGUCAGUCCCGGUAACCUUGUCUCUGCCCCCACACCCGCUCCUGGAGGCCGGAGAGCUUCCUUCAGGACUGUGCCCGCCCCAGAACCAGACGACGCCAUGGCGGCCUCGCCCUUGUCCCCAGAAAGUGGUCCCUCACUCGCUGUGGACGAGGAACGGCGCAGUCGCAGGAGAGGCUCCCAACUGCCUGAUCUGGCGGCGAUCACGAGGGGGGCACGGCCUGUGCCCAGGGUGCCCCAGGAGGAGACACACGCCCCUGAAGUGCGUAGACAACCUUCCGUACAGGACGGCGAGGCCAUCAAAAUUGUCAUCCAUGAUGUUGAUUACGAACCCAACAUUUCUUCAAGACCAGGGACCAAGAGAAGAGUAACGUUGAGAAGAGAUCCUGGGGACAAGGCGCACAGAACGCGAGGAUUCGGCAUGCGAGUGGUCGGCGGGAAGACGGGGGCUGAUGGAAGAUUGUUCGCCUACAUCGUCUGGACCGUGCCGGGAGGGCCGGCCGAGAAAGGGGGUCUUCAGCAAGGCGACAAAGUGUUAGAGUGGGGAGGAGUGUCUCUCACAGAUAGAAGUUUCGAGGAGGUCUGUACCAUAAUGGACAGGACCGGAGACAUGGUAGAACUACUGGUAGAGCAUGGCAUGGAUCUUCGAAUGUGUGACUUGUUGGAUGAGCCGAUCCCCUCAAACGCCAGGAAAAACUCUGGAGAAGGUUUAGGUCUUCAGUUAGAAAGUGAUAUCGACAAGUCACCGGCAUCUCCUACUAGAAGAAAAUUGCCCAAAACCCCGGAACAACUGGCCAAGGAGAGAGCGGUAAGUGGACGAGUCCAACUUCAGGUGUUCUACAACGAUGAGAAGAACGAACUGAUCGUAUCCGUGUUCGCCGCGGAUGACCUGGCGCACAGAGAGGACACUGGUUACGGAACCCUGCCAGAACCGUACGUCCAGCUGCGUCUCAUACCUUAUUCAGGUGAGCAGGCUGCUGUGAAGACGGAGAUCGCUGGUCCCUCGCUGAACCCGUUGUGGAACACGACAGUCGAGAUAAAGAACGUAUCUGGCGAACAGCUCAUGGACAAAUCCAUAGAAGUCACGCUCUGGGACGCUCGACCCGACAAGGAACAAGUCUUUCUUGGAGAAUGUUCGGUGGACCUAACCAAGAGUCUUGUGGAAGACUGUCCUGUCUGGUACCGUCUGGAGGACCCACGCCAGUUGCGCUCGGGCAGACCCUCGCCUCGCAGCUCUCUGGUUGCGGAGAUCAACGCUAGACUUCUUGCUCGAGGAAAUCGAUCUCUCUCAGAAGAAUGUGAAAGUGAGGAUGGAGAGGGAAUUGGAGGAUUCUUGCAUCCGGACCACGCUUACAUGGGAGGCAGUCGGCGAGGAUCCAGCCAGUCGGAACAGCUGGAGGUAGAGAGCUACCAGUUAGGGAAGGACUUCUCCAGAUCUCUGCCGGGGUCGCGACGAAGCUCUUUCCAGAAGGAGGGAGAGAAACAAGAUGCUGAUCAGCCACCUCCGGAGUACAAUAAACAGCGCAGACGCAGCAGUGUGACACCUCGCAGGGACCCUGACGAAAUUCUACGCAGCCUUAAGGCUGUCAAGGGUGAGCUUCUAGGACGCAGCAUGAGCAUCUCUGGUGGCCCUCGCCGAGGUGGAGCGGGGAAGGACGGUCGGGGGAGAAAGGGGUCGAUGAUGGUGGCAGGGGAGAGGACAGAGCCCUUGGUCAGUUGCAGCAGCCCUUCGGACGAAGAGGAUAAGUUAAGUACCAAAUCUGAUGCCAAGCCUCUCGGUCCAGGACAGAUUCAGCCCCGAGGGCACAGAACUUCAGGGGGUCAAGCUGAGGUGAAGUUGAGUCUACUGAUGACCAAGGGACAGCUGGAGGUUGAAGUCCUGUGCGCCAGAGGUAUCCAAGGUGAACCUCCAGACACGUACGUAAAGACGUACCUACGGGACGGGGAGCGGUGGCUGCAGAAACGCAAGACCAGAGUCGUGCGACACUCCCUUGACCCUCAGUUCAACCAGACUCUGAGAUACUCUGCAUGCGACGUCCUGGGCCGCUCUCUAGUUGUGAUGCUGUGGGAAAAGCAGAAGGGCUUCGAGCACAACGUAGGGCUUGGAGGCGCAGAGAUCGCCUUCAACCAGAUCAAACUGACUCAGUUGACUCUCGGCUGGUAUCCACUGUUCCCCAUCCAAACUCUGGGCUCCGACUCCAACGAUUCCCCGUGACCCGUCUUUCCCCUCCCGUCACUGAGCUCCGAGACAGCGCAAACAUUGAUUACUUUAUUUAGUAACAUCAUUGUCUACAGUAUUAGUUACCGUAUGCAACAGAAAUAUCAUCAGGUACAAUACUGAAACUAAUAGUACUUUACAGAAAUUUGGAAUGGGCUGGAAUAAUUUGUUAAAAGAUUUCAUAGUUUUUCGCAGAACAGUUGCUAUUCAAUGUUAUACUUGGUAAACAUUGGCUUUUUAACUACACUAAUGUACAAUAUCCCUGUACAUUUAGGUUGUGUCAUCUAAUUAAAUUAAUCAUCACUAAACGUUUUAGUCAAUCUAUUUAUCUAUAUUUAUAAUUUG